UGGGAGAAGCUCAGGGAUGGGAAUGGCUACCCUGUACGCACAAGACCCCAGAUUGCCUCCCCAGCACUGCCAAUAAACAAAACAUGCAACUUGGCCACCAAGCACCCAGAACUAUGAGCAGCAAGACAUCCGUCAGCAUGGAACGUCGGGGCCUCUGGGGUCAGAAAGGGCUGUCAAGCAGAGAACAUCCUCAGACUGGCUUUCCAGCCUGACCUCGGGACGGGUAAGACGACACUAGACUCAUGUGGUGUCAUGUCAGCUGUACCCACUCUUAAACAGACACGAGCGUGAUUUAACCUGGGCUCAGAAGCAGGUCAUUGGCAACCUGACUGGACCUGAGGGCAUAAUCAAAGGGGUGGGGUCUUGAUGGUCUUACCCGUCCACCUUUAGUCAGCUGGAUCCUGACAGGGCCACGUAGCAGAGGGGCUUGAACUUGGGUGGUCACACUUGAUCUCUCCCAGGGCAGUUUUUCCUCGAGUCAGCCUUCUGAGACUGAACAGGCACCAUGAACACUCCUCCAUACACAGAGGGAAUGUACAGAGGGAACACAUCGUUGCAGGGGCCUCGGAGAUAGUGAGAACAGGCCUGGGGCAGGGGUGGACCACUAGCCUCGCUUCUGCCCCAGCCCAUUGUGACCUCCCUGGCUGUACCCAGGCCUUUGUGACUGUCACCCUGGGUAGACUUGUGAGCCAGGGUGACAUCUAAAGUGCCCUCAAAGAGAGUGGCAGGUCAGCCAGGCCAGAGCCUGGACCUGGGGUCAGAAAGGGGUCACAGGGAGGAAUGGAGGGGCCAAACCCCCUGGGGCCCUGCGGACACUCUCAUCCCCAGUGUCCCCCAGCCCCAGUUUCAAGCAGUCAUGGAGGAUGCCUGGAUCAGCCCUGUCAGGGAUAUGUAAGGUGGCCCUGUCUGGUCCCCCAUCAGUCCACUCAGUCACUAGAGUCUUCCAGACCUUUCCCUGCUCCAGGGACAGGGGGUGGGGGACCCAGAGUGGGAGGAGUGGCACCUGGGAUGUUUCUGUCAAGUGAAGAAGCAGAGAUGCCGAGGCAGAGAGCUCAAGAGCCAGCAGGGUCCAGACACGAAGUGGAGGCUGAGGUAGAGUGGGGCUGGCCCCUGCAUCCAGGGCAUGAACAGGUGCCACAUAGGCAGGCAGCAUCCCCCACCUCAGGACCCAGGCCCUGCCCAUGUCCAACCAUGCCUCCCGGAGGUGGGGCCACAGCCUCACCCAGGACAGCUCCCACGAAACUCCAGAGUGGGACACUGGGAUCUGCAGAGCAGUCCUUUCUACAGCUGGAGCAGGAGAACUACAGCCUGAAAAGGCAAAACCAGGACCUUCGGGAGCAGCUGGGGGCCAUCCUGGGGCCAGGGCAGCAGUUCCUUCCUCUGUGUGCCGAGCACUCAAGCUGCACAGCCCUGGCCUGGGUAAGAGGGAAUGCGCAGCCCUGGACCCCUGCAGCAGCACCUCGAGCUGUCCACAGGCUUGGGCAUGACCUGGGGGCUUUCCCACAGUCCCCUGAGUCUGCCAGCACCCGGCCCCUGGAAGACAGGGCACCUGUGCAGCUGCCGCAGCAGCAGGAGCUCUGCCGGGGGCAAGAGUCCUUUGUGCGGCAGUCCCAGAGUGAGCUGCAACAGAUCCGACUGUCCUUUGAGAGGAAGAAGAUGGCCAUUACUGAGGUGUGGGACGGUGUGGCUGAGGUACACAUGGCUCUGAACAACCAGGCUACUGGGCUCCUGAACCUCAAGAAGGAUAUCCGGGGUGUGCUAGAUCAGAUGGAAGACAUUCAGCUGGAGAUUCUGGGGGAGAGGGCCCAUUGCCGCACUCAGGCUAGGAAGCAGCAGCAGCAGAUGUCAUGCAUGGAGAAAGAGAGGCCACAGCUGGGAUGUUCCGAGGGCCUGAAGAGCCAGCUCUGGCUGCUGGCCUUGAGGCUGCUGCUGGGUGCUCUGCUGGCCUGCACAGCGGCCUACGUGUACGUGGUGGACCCCGCACCUUUCGAGGGGCUGGUGCCACCCCUGCUGAGCCGAGCCGCCGUCUGGAAGCUCAGGGCCCUACUGGGUCCCUUCUUGCGCCUCGAGGUAGACGACUUCCUGCCUUUCUAGGCCAGAGGCACAGAGGCCCCAGAAAGGAGGCCAGGUGGCUGGUGCUGCCCCUGGGGCCCAGUGGCUUUAACUGGUUCCUGCCUGCCUACAGCACUGCUGCAGAGUCCCUACCAGGAGCGGCAGAGAAGGGUGGAGGAGGGGCUUGUCCCGAGGGCUGGGCCUGCAGCUGGACAUACAGUCAUGACACACUUUGCAUGUUUUCCUCCAUAAAGGCCCCCUGGAGCAUGUGGAGUGUCAGGAUGGUCUUCCCUAAAAGGCUACAGCUGGCAAUUACGGGAGUCCUUGGGGCUCACCUCCUGGAUGAGGUCCUCCUGGGGACCUCAGAAGUCAGAGCCCUGAAUCUGCUGACCCACCCACCCCAUCUUGUCAACCCUGCCAGGGCUAUCAACCCCUCACCCCAAGGUCCCUGUCAGUUCAGCCCCCUGGCACUGUCCAAGGCUAAAGUAAGGGGGUUCACAUUGCUGGAUAGUGCCACGGAGGUAAACACAAAAAAAUUUAUUAGGGUAGUUGAGGGAGAAAAUCUUGUAGAACAGAAGAGUUUUGUGGACUCUGUGUCCCCAAAUGGGAGACAGAGCUGCUGCCCAGAGUGCACCCAGGACAGGGCCCCUGUGCAAAAGGGGGGGUUGUCAGGGUUCGGUUCUGCCCUUCUAGAGGCAUCCAGGCCUGUGGGCUGGGGUGUUCCCAGAGCAUCACCCCUGAAUACAGAAGGCCCAGGGGGGGUCAGAACAGGCAAGAGGCAGAGGUGGAUGGGCCAAGUCUGUGGCCCAUCAGGCUGGCUGACAGCUCCAGGACUUUAAGGCAUCUGUUCGUGUGCUUGGGGUGGAGUGGAGGGGUGCAGUAGCCUGCAAUGACCUGAGACCCCCACCCCAGCCCAACCCACAGAGGCCUGGGCUCCCCAGAGGAGUGGCUUAAAGUGCUUGGAAGGGAUA